UCGGUCAGCUGGCUCCUCCAUCUGAACAGCAGAGAGAGCCUCUCCCAAAGGGAGACAUCACCAUCAACGCCCGACUCAGCUUCAUCGGCGGCCCGCCAGAAGAGGAGGAAAACAUGGGAGAACCGCGGCUAUAGCGGCAAUUGGAGGACUAGGAUUAUUUAUUCACCUAUUUAUUUAUUUAUUUAUUUUCCCAAUCAGGGUAAUGGCAGGGGUCCACGGCUGCGGCUGCUGAGAAGCAGGUGCAACAUCAUCGACGGAGGCAUUUCGUUCCUCGGCAUGGCCUGGGAGAGGGCCGAACCCCAGGCUGGAUCACUCCGUGGGAGGGGGCCAAAGGCUGGGCCACGCCUGGGGGCCAAAGCCUGCUAAGACUACUACCGGUACAGCUCUGUACAUUAGAGCAUUUCUAACACAUAUUUUCCUUUUAAAGCUCAAGGUUAUCCAGCACGCGUAACGCGUGCAUCUGCAAAGAAUUGAAUAAGCGCUUCCUGUAGCCGGUUAGAGGAGAGACGGUGAUUGAAUAUCGUCUAUUUUCCCCUCAGAGCGGACUGGAUCAUAACACUGUGACACUCUAACCUAACAGGCCUGAACAUUUGGCUGAGCCUCAUCCAGGUGCCAAGAUGAUAGAGAUAGACGAGGUGGUGUACCAGGACGACUACGGCUCCGGCACCGUGAUGUCGGAGCGGGUGUCGGGCCUGGCCAACAGCAUCUACCGGGAGUUCGAGCGGCUCAUCCACAGCUACGACGAGGAGGUGGUGAAGGAGCUGAUGCCGCUGGUCGUCAACGUCCUGGAGAACCUGGACGCGGUGCUCACCGAAAACCAGGAGCACGAAGUGGAGCUGGAGCUGCUGAAGGAGGACAACGAGCAGCUCAUUACCCAGUAUGAACGGGAGAAAGCGCUGCGUAAGCAGGCGGAGGAGAAAUUCAUUGAAUUUGAGGACAGCCUGGAAGCGGAUAAGAAGGAGCUGCAGAUGCAGGUGGAGCUUCUGGAGCUGCAGGGGAAGCAGUUAGAGCUAAAGACAAAGAACUACUCCGACCAGAUCACUCGUCUUGAAGAGCGUGAAGCAGAGAUGAAGAAGGAGUUCAACGCUCUUCACCAGCGCCACACUGAGAUGAUUCAGACGUACGUAGAGCACAUAGAGCGGUCCAAACUGCAGCAGGCAGGGAGUAACGGCCAACCAGAAGGCCCCGGCUGUGGACGACCUGAACGCCCCUCAUGGAGGAAAAGAGUGGACAGCAAAGUGGAGCGCCCGCCGUCGUUGAGCCUGUACCCUGGUGGCGAGGGCAUGGUACGUGGGGGUCUCGGGGGGGCUAGGAUGAUGCCCGGGAAAGACAUCUGGCAGGUCAGCGAGCUCGGCCAUUCCAUCUUCAGCUCCGCCUAUCAGGAGGACGGAUCGGAGUCUGACUCGGUUGCAGCCACACCCAGCAGCACAGGAAGCAAGUCCAAUACACCCACCUCCUCCGUCCCCUCCGCCACCAUCACCCCCAUCAACGAGGGCUUCCCCCGGCACUACGACUUCAACGGGAUGGAGACUAGAAACCGCAGGAAAAGCCCCAAGCGUCUUAGUCGGAACAUGGAGGUGCAGGUUUCCCAAGAAACCAGGAAUGUUAGCAUCGGUAUGGGAAGCAGUGAUGAAUGGUCUGAAUUUCAGGAAAUAAUUGAUUCUACACCAGAGCUGGAGAUGGGUAUGGAUUCCAGGUUGUAUGGAGGAGGAAACAGUCCUUCUCAGGGGAUUGUUAACGAGGCCUUCGGCAUCAACACUGACUCACUGUACCACGAGAUCAAAGACGCCAAGUCGGACAUCAUUGGGGACGUGGACGCAGGUGCCGAGCUGCUAGGCGAGUUUUCAGUCCGUGAUGAUUUCUUCGGGAUGGGAAAGGAGGUGGAAAAUCUUCUGACGGAGAACAAACAGCUUCUAGAGACCAAAAAUGCUCUCAACAUUGUGAAAAAUGACCUUAUUGCCAAAGUGGAUGAGCUGUCAAGUGAGCAGGAGGUUCUGAAGGAGGAGCUGGAGGCGGUGCGACAGUCUAAGAACAAGGUGGACGCCAGAAUCAAGGAGCUGGAAGAAGAAAUCAAGAGGUUAAGAGCAGAGGCAUCUCGGGACUCCAAAGACGAAGUAGGCGAUGAUUUUUCAUCGCCCAUGCAGGAUGGGGACAUGUCAAUGACCCAGCGGCGCCGCUUCACUCGGGUGGAGAUGGCCCGUGUUCUGAUGGAGAGGAACCAGUACAAAGAGAGGCUGAUGGAGCUCCAGGAGGCUGUGCGAUGGACUGAGAUGAUCAGGGCAUCUAGGGAGAGUCCUCCAAUCCAGGAGAAAAAGAAGUCCACCAUCUGGCAGUUCUUUGCGCGUCUGUUCAGCACCUCAUCCAGCCCUCCGCCUGUCAAGCGGCCAUACUCCAGCGUCAACAUCCACUACAAGUCGCCCUCGCCGGCGUUCAAUCAGCGGCGCAGCCACACCAUGUGCCAGAUCUCCACCUCCAACCGCACCCUAGAGUUCUUCCCUGAAGAACUGGCCAGUAACGGUGUUGCGUCUCUCCUCAGUGACUCGGCGCUGAUGGCGCGCCGAGAGCAGCGGCGCGAGCAGUACAGGCAGGUGCGCGAGCACAUGCGCCGCGACGACGGCAUCAUGCAGGCCUGUGGCUGGAGCGUGCCAUCUCGCCUCAAACAGACUGGUGGUCAGAUGGACGGCGCUAAGGACAGCCCGCUGAAGAGACAACAGACCAAUGAGAAGGAGGAUAACCGCAUGAAGAACGUCCCUGUCCCAGUGUACUGUCGCCCUCUGGUGGAGAAAGACCCCAACAGGAAGUUGUGGUGCGCAGCAGGAGUGGACCUGACAGGAUGGAGAGUCAGCAGCCAGGAGGUGGUGCCACUUAAAGCACCGUCAGGAAGCAGUGACCCCCUGCAGACUGAGGAGGACCGAGUGGACAAGAAGAACACAUCCCCUGAGAAGAGGAAGUCUAAGGAGCUCCAGGAGACAGACAGCAUGAACAGUCGAGUGUGGAUCCUCACCAGCACCCACUCUGCCAGCAAAGUGGUCAUCAUCGACGCCAACCAACCUGGUUCUCUGGUUGACCAGUUUAAUGUCUGCAACGCCCACGUGCUCUGCAUCUCCAGUGUGCCAGCUGCAAGCGAGAGCGAUUAUCCAGCAGGAGAAAUCGUGUUGGAUCCAGGUGAUGGAGGAGCAGGGGGUGGAGAGGACAUGGGUGGGGUGGAGGGUAUGUUGGCCGGCAUCACACUCGUUGGCUGCGCCACCAACUGCAGCGUUGCCCGUAGCAACUGCUCCUCACGUACUGACACACCCAUAAUGGACAAAGGACAAGCCCCCACUGCUCCCCCAAUGAAUGGGAAGAUCCACCCCGCCCAGUCAGCGGAGGAAGCCACAGAGGCCACAGAGGUUUCUGAAUCCACGGCCAACCACACAGAGAUUGGAUCCGGACGCCCAGGUCCCUUCACGGAGCACGUCUUCACCGAUCCUCAGCCACGUCCGGCAGAUGAUAGGAGCACAGGCCAGUCCAAAGAGGAAUCCUGUCAGCCCACAGAGUCUGAGGAGGGAGGGGAAGAAACCAAAAACUACACCAGCGUGGCCCCCACCAUGUGGCUUGGGGCACAGAAUGGCUGGCUUUACGUCCACUCUGCUGUCGGAAACUGGAAGAAGUGUCUACACUCCAUCAAACUCAAAGACUCGGUUCUCAGUCUGGUCCACGUGAAAGGUCGCGUGCUGGUCGCCCUCGCUGAUGGGACGCUCGCCAUAUUCCACAGAUCAGAAGAUGGCCAGUGGGAUUUGUCCAACUACCACCUCAUGGACCUCGGCCGGCCGCAUCACUCCAUCCGCUGCAUGGCCGUCGUCCAUGAUAAGGUGUGGUGCGGCUACAAGAACAAGAUUCAUGUCAUUCAGCCUAAAAGUAUGCAGAUUGAGAAGUCCUUCGACGCUCACCCCCGGAGGGAGAGCCAGGUGCGGCAGCUGGCCUGGAUCGGUGAUGGCGUGUGGGUGUCGAUCCGGCUAGAUUCCACCUUGCGUCUGUACCACGCACACACGCACCAGCACCUCCAGGAUGUGGAUAUCGAGCCAUACGUCAGCAAAAUGUUGGGUACUGGAAAACUGGGUUUCUCUUUUGUGCGGAUCACGGCCCUGCUGAUUGGUGGAAAUCGUCUCUGGGUGGGGACUGGAAAUGGUGUGAUCAUCUCCAUCCCACUGACGGAGACGGUGGUCCUUCACCGGGGUCAGCUCCUGGGUUUGAGGGCCAAUAAAGUGUCUCCUACGUCCUCCGGCGGUGUGAUCCAUGUGUACGGUGAUGACGGCUCUGAGAAAAGCACCGGCAGCUUCAUCCCCUACUGCUCCAUGGCCCAAGCGCAGCUGUGUUUCCAUGGACACCGUGAUGCCGUCAAGUUCUUCGUUUCCGUACCGGGUAAUGUUUUGGCCACUCUAAACGGCAGUGUUCUGGACAGUCCAUCUGAAGGUCAGAGCUCCACAGCGCCCACAGAGACGGAGGCGCAGAGCGUUCAAAAUGUGUUGGUGCUGAGCGGGGGGGAGGGCUACAUCGACUUCCGCAUAGGGGAUGGGGAGGAUGAUGAGACAGAGGAAGGAGACAGCAGCGGUGGGGCUUCGCAGAUGAAACCUGCUUUGAACAAAGCUGAGCGAAGCCACAUCAUCGUCUGGCAGGUGUCCUAUGUGCCAGAGUGAUGCCUAAAUCUGCUUUAACAUUACACCUGAACAUCUCUUUAAAGAACCCCUCCCCCCAAGAAGCUUCCAGCCACUUAAACUUUGUAAUUAUCCCCUAGUUAUGUAAAAGUCCCUUUCUGGUUCUGAAGAAACAAACCCUCCAAGCUGCGCAUCUUUCCUUGUAACUAUUAAAUCCCCCCAUCCCAUCACCUUUUAACUUUAAUGCCUUGUAAGUACCUCCUUUGACCUAGUUAUCUGCUUGCCAUCCUGUGUCUGUCCCACACAGGGCAUUGUAACCAUCAUCAUAAGCCUUGUAACUACCGCCCUCCUCUGUAACCAUCUAAUACUUACCCUGUAAGCACACGUUAUCUCCUCCUAUAUUGAACCUGGAUUGCAUCGGACCGGGGCUGCUCCUAAUCUUUUGCUAUGAAGUUAAUCAAUGGAAACUUAUCUAAAACCAAAACAAAUGAAGAAGAUACAGCAAUACGAUGGUAGCUCAAGUUGCAUUUCCAAAUAAAAAGGUCAACUGAUAGGAUAAGAAGUAAAUGAAAAUGUAUUUGGUCCCAAUGAAAGUAAAUGUUGAACAAGUUGGGUAAAUUAGAUUUCUUUUGUUUUCCUUGAAAUGCUUUACAUCCUAUCUAGGUCCUAAUUGAAUACAUGCAGCACCUUGAAAAACUAUUAAUACUCCUUGAUCUUGUCAUAUUAUGACCAUAAAUGUAAGUUACUGGGAUUUUAUGAUAAAAUAACAAAUUCAUUUAGAUGUUUCAAAGGCAAAGAGGAAAUGCACGACAAAGGUUUGAGAUUUUUUUUUGAAUUGGUAAAAAAAACGUGGACAACCAACCAUCCUCAUCAAUCCUCUUAACUUCCUUUUAUUUAAACCUUUGCACUGUAGCUCUGGCUGUAUAUUUAAGGUGAACCUCCUCUUCGGUUCUUCUGCAGCCUUCUCAAACACAAGUGGAUUCUCUUUCCUAAUUAGGUGACAUUUGUAGCUGGCAGGAAAUUUUAUUAAGGAGUAUUAGAGUAUUGGAGGCUAAAUACAGAUUUAUGCCACACAUUUCGUAUCAAAGACAUUGAAGUUUGUGAUCGUAACAUGACAAGGUUGGGAAUUUUUCAAGGAACUGUGUUUCAUACACACUUAACGAGGAAACUCCUGGAAAUAUGUGGUGCAGCAGCCUAGAGCAAAUGAAAGGUCAGACCAUGUCCACAUCCACUCCGACUGGCCCAGUUUAAUCCUUCAGUUCCUAAAUAAUCUCCCUCUCUGACUGGCUGCUGAUCAAAUGCUUUGGUGUGAGGCAGGUAAAUAAUGGCAUGUUGUUAUUUUAUGUACAGGGAUAACUGUAAAUGUCCAGACGCACUGAAGCCCAUCCUCUUUGUUCAGUAUGGAAACUCAUGCAUUGAUCGCUAUCUGUGGAUUAAAUAUUAAAACAUAUUUGUGUGUCAAAAGCAA